AUGGCUGGAUGGAAAGUCUGGAUCAUAAGUGUCCUCUUUGCUGUCCUCCUCACAGAGAGGCUCACGGAUGCCAUUGCUUUCCGUCGGGAGGAUAUCACCACUUUACUAGGACCACAGCUUUCCGUGGGAGCGCAAAUUAUUCUGCCAAAUAAUGCGGGUUUUGUGCAGGCAACCCAGAGAUGGUCUCUUUUUGAUCCUCCUCAUUUUACGGCUGUCGUCGAGGUGGGAACAGAGGAGGAUGUUGCAACAACAGUUAAAUUCGCUAACCAGAACAACAUCCCCUUUCUGGCGGUGACCGGCACCCACGGUACCAUAACCAGCCUUGGGAAAUUCAACGGCAUCGAGAUCAGGAUGCGCAACCUCAACUCAACUGUUAUAUCAGAGGAUGGCAAAACAGUCACUCUCGGUGGUGGCAAAAGAUCUGGUGAGGUUAUAGAGGCACUGUGGGCGGCCGGCAAACAGACGGUGUCGGGAAUCUGCGAGUGCACGGGCUUUCUGGGUCCUGCUCUAGGAGGAGGCCAUGGUAUCCUGCAGGGAAAAUAUGGCAUCGUCUCAGACCAAUUUGUUUCGAUGCGCAUGGUGACUGCUGACGGAGCCAUCCGCGAGGUGUCUCCUACGGGUCCGAACUCUGAUUUGUGGUGGGCUAUGCAAGGUGCCGGGCAUAAUUUUGGAAUCGUGACGUUUAUAACUUUGAAGGUCUACGAUGUUCCUGACGGUGGCCUGUGGUCCUAUGAGAGUUAUGUUUUCAGUCACGACAAAGUCGAAGCUGUCUUUGAGACCAUCAAUUGGCUUGCUCAGCAACAACCUCCUGGCAUGUUCAAUCGGGAUGUUAUCUAUCGCAAUCCAAGUGUAGACCCGACGAAUCCAAUUCUGCAGGUCGAUCUCCUUCAGGAGAGUGUCUCUGCCGUCGCCACAAAGUUUACUAGCCCGUUUCGAAAGCUCGGUCCUAUGUCAGUAAGGUCUGGUUCAGGAACUUACAAGGAUAUCCCAACAUGGGCUGGCGUAAACGUCAAUUCAAUCGCCUGCAAUGUCGCAGAUACCUCCAAAAUCCGCUUCCCGAUUGGGCUCGUGUCCUACAACGCCACCGCACAGCGCGCUCUUAUGGACACAUUCACCCAAACCAUUGGACCAGACUCACCGUUCAAUGUGUCCCAGGUUUUGUUCGAGGGGUACUCCAUGUAUGGCGUCAGAGCUGGCCCAGACGAUGCUGCCGCAUUUCCGCAUCGGGGAGAUAAUCAGCUCGUCACUGUUGCUAUGGUGAAUAAACCAAGCCCCGAGCUGGAUGCUCAAGCCGUUCAGAUUGGCAACAAACUGAGACAGGAACUUCUCAAAGGCAGCGGUUCACCUGAACUGCAUGCUUACGUGAACUAUGCAUCUGGGACGGAGUCCCUUGAAAACCUGUAUGGAUUUGAGCCAUGGAGACUGAAGAGACUGAAGGAAUUGAAGGCGAAGUAUGAUCCGCAGGGUAGGUUUGGUUACUACGCGCCGAUUCCCGUGUGA